CGAUGAGUUUGAUUUAGAUGUCACAAAAUGUGUUAACCUAGCAAGAGAGGUCUAGAAUUUAGAUCUAGAUUCCAAGCAUAAAUUUAAAAUUAUGGCCUGCCAUAAAUCUAGUGACGUUGAUUCAAAGGCAUCCAUCAGAACUUUACAAACUUGUUGACAGAUUGCAAGUUUUUCCAUACUUGAAGCAACUUGAAGAAAAACAUUUGUGAUCAUGAAUAGAAUACUUGAUUUGGAGAUGCAAUGCAAACGGACACACAGCCCUUUUUAUCCUUUCCUCAAUACACAGUGCACAUUGUUUCCAGCUUGUAAGCAGCCUGACUGCACAAGCAGCAGCUCUCCGUUUAGAAAUUUCAAAACAUUUAUUGACUUAAAGUCAAACAGUACAUUUUUGAGUUCACUUUUACCAACAGCUUGUUGUUCAUCCAAAAGUGAAAAUUCAAAUUCGUAUUCCAAUGAGUCAAUUGACAAGAAUAAAGCAGAUAUGCUGCCUUGCUCGCUAGACAAGAAUAAAGAGGAUAUGGUGCCUUGCAAAAUAGACAAAAAUAAAGCAGAUUUGCUGCCUGGCUCACUAGACAAGAAUAAAGGGGAUAUGCUGCCUUGUUCGCUAGACAAGAAUAAAGGGGAAAUGCCUUGCUCGCUAGAGAAGAAUAAAGGGGAUAUGCUGCCUGGCUCACUAGCGCCCCCAAGUGGUAAACAAAUGAGUUACAGCAAUGAGAUAAACAAAUGGCUGGAGAAAGAGACUGGAUUUGAUAGGCUGAAAAUCAUGUUUGCUUUCAAUGAAACAGGCUUCUUGCAACCGGAUGUCCAAGAAAUGAAUACCAUGCUUCGACGCAGUAUAUUUUUAGGCAUUAUCUAUGGCGCUAUUUCUGCUACUUUGGAGGUUAAUAAAAGAAAAGCAGAAAAGUCUGCAUCUAAAUCAGAAGCUGUUUUAAAAGGAAUUACUAAGGAGGUACUUGGUAGAAACUAUAUCAUCAAGGAAACUAUGAAAACAACACUGCAGAUAGCUACACUCUCACUGUCAUUCAUCCAUCUGUCUCAAGCCAUAGCUGCCUACAGGAAUGAGUCCACUGUGUGGGAGUACACUAUUUCUACUGCUGUAGGCUUGGGCCUCAUUAACCUGGGGCGGCCCCUGAAAACUGUUCUCAGUUCCACAGCUACUGGUGCUGUUAUUGGUACUGUGGGUGGUUAUGUAGCCUGCUAUGUUCUGAGCAAUGCUGGACUUAAUCAAGAGCAAAGGCACAGGGAGAGGAUACUUAGCUUUUUAACCAAUGAAAAGCCCAUGCACAAAUCAUCUGUAUGAUGAUCUAGUCUGAGACUUUAGAAAGAUUGAGUGCUCUGGCUACAUGUCUUCCCACACAAUGUUGACUAAGCCUGUCUUCCCACACAAUGUAGACUGGGGCCAGCCACACCACACACAGAUGCUCCACACAUCAUACACUGUACAGUUUAGUCUUAACUUGAUAGAUUUUUAACAUUCAUAAAAAAAUCUGUUUUAAUUUGUUUCAAACAUGUUUUGAUACUUCUUUAUUUUAUUCAAUAAAUAU